GGAGCGGGGGAUUCGUGUAGGUUUUUUUGUUAAUUCGAGCGUAGGCGAGGCUGGCCCCCUACAAAAAUGAGAGCCUGUACGCUUAUGCAUAUGAGUGUAACCGAGAUUGUAAGGAAAAUUUAAACGAAACUCAAACACAUUUUGUGGGUUUUGUUUUUUUCUUUUUCAGUAAAAAUGGCAACCAAAGAAACCGAAUCUAAAGUCCAAUCAGGAUAUGUUGACAACUGGCAGAAAGGAAAGUCAGUCAUAGAGAGUCUCGGAUAUUCACUGGAGGAAAAGAUCCUGUGUGACGUCACCUUCAUAGUGGGAGGAAACCGAAAGCGGAUACAGGCUCACAGGUUGAUACUCAGUCUGCGUAGCUGUGUCUUCAUGGCGAUGCUGACCGGACCUCUGGCGGAGCAGGAUGACAUUGAAAUCCCGGAUAUUGAUUCUGAUGUUUUUGAUCAAUUUGUAAGGUUCUUGUACACAGACAUCAUAUCCAUUGAUGGUAGAAAUGUGAUACGUUUGUUGUAUGCUUCUAAAAGUACGACAUCAUUGAUAUGGAAAACAAAUGCCUGACAUAUAUUGAGUCAUCUUU